AUGGCUCGUCAACUUGUUGUUCUUGCCCUUGUUUUUGUUGCCAUAAGUGGCAUUGCCAUGGCUGAAGAGGCUCCAUCUGCAUCUCCAGAAUCAUCUGCAUCACCAAAAUCAUCUCCAAAAUCACCAUCUCAUUCACCAAAAUCAUCUCCAUCACCAAAAUCAUCUUCAUCAUCACCAUCUUCAUCACCAAAGUCAUCUCCAUCUCCAUCACCAAAAGCAUCUUCAUCACCAGCAUCAUCUCCAUCACCAAAAUCAUCUUCAUCACCAGCAUCAUCUCCAUCACCAAAAUCAUCUCCCGCCCCAUCAACCCACUCUUCUCUCUCCUCUCCUCCUUCACCUUCCCCAUCAUCCGAUGAGACUAAAGUCGCAACCCCACCAGCUCCAGGCAGCAACCCCAUCGAGCUCUAUGCACCUGAACCCGCACCCUUUGACGCCUUCUCACCGGAGGCCGACCCCGCCGACAUUGCCAAUGGUGCCGCCGCUCGUCAAAUCUCUGCUGCCCUCGUUGCCACCGUUGCUGCUGCUGGCUUCUUUGCCUUCUAA